AUGCUUGUGACUGAUAAAGUCGUGCUGCGUGUGGCAUCACAAUCGAUAGGAAAACUAUCAGAUUCUAGAAGAUAUAACAUUGUCAAAAAUAUUGGGGGCGGUGAUGCAGUACUAUGUGAGUUCAUUCUUGUUUACAAGAAGAAGAGAUCUUCACUAAUCACUCUCAACAUAGAUACUAGGUAUGAAAUAUUUAGGAGCAGAGGGAGAAAUAGAGGAUGCAUUACGUCGGACAUCGGAGUGAAGCUACUCCUUCUUGGCGGAAAGGUCGAAGAAUUCAGCAUGAAUUUGUUACCACACGAUCUUGAAAUUAGAAUCAUACUGGCAACUACUAGAUAUAUAUCUUUUUUGUUUUUCGGAGGAGCGGUUCCUCCACGUCCAACAACUUGUGCUGUUUUCACUGUGAAGAUGAAUUCAAAUAACAUUCUUUCAUUUUUAUUUUUACGUUGA